AUGGCUCCACGUCGUCGGCGACUCAAAACCCUACCGGAUGCAAAUAGGGAUUUCAUAAGUGAGCUGCCGGUAGAGGUGAAGGAAAGGAUUUUGGAGUGUUUGCCCACCCGAGAUGCCGCCAGAACUGCUCUGCUCUCAAGGCACUGGAGAGAUGUUUGGUUGCAGCAUGAGCGGCUUACGUUCGAUUGCGAAUUCUUACAAAGUUUGCAAGAUAAUGGAGAUAGAACCCUCGUCAACAUAAUCAAUAAUAUCCUCUUUUUUCGUGCUGGGCCUGUUAAGAAAUUUACUCUAGAUAUAAACGCUGCAUAUGGUCCGUCGCCGCAGCAAUUUGAUUUUGAUAAGUGGUGUCUUUUUCUGUCAAGAAAUGGUGUGGAGGAACUUAACAUAUUUUUAUAUAGUUAUCUAGAGCCAGAUUAUCAGCUGCCAUGUUGUAUACUCUCUUGCAGGACAAUUAAGAAACUGAUAGUCGAAGGUCCUUUUAUUGAUUUGCCAGUAAAUGCUUGUGGUAUAUUUUCCAAUGUCACUUCAUUAGCUUUCUUGAAUGUUGAAUUUAAGCGCAGUGUUAAUGGAAUUGCCUCUAGUAUUAGUAUUCCUAAGCUUGAGAAGCUGGCUCUUGAGCAUUGUGAUGGGAUCGGUGAGUUUGAGAUAAGCCCUCCAAAGCUUGAAAUCUUGUCUGUUAUUGGUUCUAUUUAUGAAUUUGUUCAUUCGAGAUGGUUGGUACCGCAUUUCAAAGCCAUUAAGACUCUUUGGUUGUGUGGCUCUUCGUUGGAGUGUAUGCGUGUAUCUAUGUUUCCAACUGCAAUAAAUCUGCGAGUGCUGAAGCUAUAUGAAUUAAAAUUUGGUUAUCAUCGGAAGCAGCUCAUCUCUUCUAUGCAAUUGCUUCAAAAAUGCCCCAACCUAUGUGAACUGCAGAUUUUGGGGGAUGAGUUAGGUUCGGAGGAUGACAACGAAAUGAACGAUUUGGAAGAUCGAAACGGUCGCUUAUUUAUUCAAGAGCUGCAUAUGCUUAACACAAUUAAGAUUGAAGACUUCAGUGAUGAAUCUGCACUCGGAAUGCUUUAUAUGAAAACGCUGCUCUCAAAAUACCCUGCGCUAGAGAGAGUUGUUAUUGUGAAGCCUAGCCAUUAG